ACACUACUACAUUGCCUUUGAUCAGAAUUCAGAACUAAGGCAUUCAUUUAAUGAGAGGUUCAUUUACUAUACUACAGUAUAGGAGUCCGCGUUAUUGAAGGGAAGAUGCAAAAGAGAAAGCUAAGUGUCAGUUUUGGCGUGCACAACUCAGCAACGUGCACCCCAGAAAUUGAAUGGUCUCCACACACUUUCUCACCUCAAAUCAAAGACCAAAAUGCAUUAGGAUAAAGUGUAACAAAGUGGCAAUCUUCUCUUCUUUAAGGCUUGCUAAAACUACUAUAACACUUUGGCAUUUAGCGUGCUUACAGUGUUACACAGACAGAUGCAUGAGAAAAAAAGAAAGAAAGAAACCAUAUCAGCUCAUUCUCUGAUUAAUUGUUCUUUUUCUUUUUUUUUACUUUUUUCUUUUCUUGUUUUUCUCCUUCAGCUGCUUCUCUGGCUUCCGUGGCUGGCUGCCUCUGUUGAAAGUUGAAACUUGAAACUCAGUUUGGUGCUCCUGACUCCUCCAUACACAAAACACACACUGUCAUGCACAGCAACAACACCUGUUGCACUGCACCAUUUGUCUUGUCCAUCUUCUAUUGAACUCCCACUGUGUGUGACUCUCUUCGCUCGUUUGCAGGUUUUCAAACUUUUCAACCAUAUAUAUAUAUAUAUAUAUACAUAUAUAAAGCAUUUUAAGUGUAGAUAUAGUUAUAUAUAUGCACAUGCUGGAUUUGGAACUUGGAGCUUUAAGGGCACUAGAGGUCUUGGUGGUGUGAAUCUUUAUUGGUUUUUAAAAACCAAAGAAACAGAAAGUGAAAGAUAAAGAAAUAUGGGAAAGUGAGGUGGAGUCAGAUUUGUGUCUCUGGUUUGAGAAUUGUUUAGUGUUAACACUCUGUUGGCUAUGUCCCCUGAGCUGACUGGGUGCGCCCGGGCUCCGUGGGCUUUGCCGCCAACCAAGGAAACAACCUCUUGUUGGAGUCUCUUCCCAUUUAAGAGAACCUUUGCUUAAAAAAUUGGACUCUCUCAUUAUUCAUUCACCCUUCUGCCUUGUUUGCUGUCAAGAUUCGGUCACACUCUGUUGCACUAUUUAACCUUGUUUCUCUAUAAACCCCUCUCUUUUCUCUCUUAAAGACAACAACAACAACAAUAAUCUUGGAUAAAUCUCAGUGAGUUGGCCCUCAGAGCUGGGGUUGCCUUCUCUUUCCUUUUCUGGGAAUGUUUGGUGGGGCUAGCUGCGACUUAUUGGAUUUAGAAAUCGGCUAUUGAGUAGUGGUGAUUUUUUUUUUAGUUGCUUCGGUUGAGUCGGCAUCAUCUGAGAAGAAGCAGAUCUUAUAUUGUCAAGAUGAAGUUCAUGAAGCUUGGUUCUAAGCCAGAUACCUUUCAGACUGAUGGGAACAAUGUUAGGUAUGUGGCAAGUGAGUUGGCGUCAGAUAUUGUUGUUAGUGUAGGGGAUAUAAAGUUUUAUCUACACAAGUUUCCUCUUCUAUCGAAGAGUUCUCAUAUACAGACAUUGAUCUCCCUCAAUAAUGAAGAAAAUGUAGAUGAAGUUCAAAUUUCUGACAUUCCUGGUGGUGCAAAUACCUUUGAGAUAUGUGCUAAGUUUUGCUAUGGCAUGACUGUUACCCUCAAUGCUUACAACGUAAUAGCAACUCGAUGUGCAGCAGAGUAUCUUGGAAUGCAUGAGGCCAUUGAGAAAGGGAACCUCAUUUACAAGAUUGAUGUUUUCCUUAGCUCUAGCAUUUUCCGUAGUUGGAAGGAUUCAAUCAUCCUUCUUCAGACUUCAAAGUCUAUGUUACCCUUGGUUGAGGACCUAAAGGUUGUCAGCCAUUGCAUUGAAUCUAUAGCAAAUAAGGCAUGUGUUGAUGUAUCCAAAGUCGAUUGGUCCUACACCUAUAACCGGAAGAAGCUUCCAGAGGAAAAUGGAAUUGAGUCAAACCAGAAUGGACUCAGAACUCGACUGGUGCCAAAAGACUGGUGGGUUGAAGAUUUAUGUGAGCUUGAAGUUGAUUUGUACAAGUCUGUGAUUACAAAUAUUAAAUCCAAGGCAGUUCAAUCUAAUGAAGUAAUUGGCGAAGCUUUGAAAGCUUAUGCUUAUAGAAGAUUGCCAAAUUUCAGCAAGGGUAUGAUCCAGUGUGGGGAUGUGUCAAAGCAUCGUUUAAUAGUUGAAACUAUAGUGUGGUUGCUGCCUACUGAGAAAGGCAGUGUUCCUUGUAGGUUCUUACUCAAGUUAUUGAAAGCAGCCAUUUUUGUAGAAUCAGGAGAUAGGACUAAAGAAGAGCUGGUAAAGAGAAUUGGGCAGCAACUGGAGGAGGCUUCUGUAAGUGAUAUUUUGAUUCAAGCACCAGAUGGGGCUACAAUCUAUGAUGUUAGUAUAGUACAGAACAUUGUUAGAGAGUUUUUUAUGAAGAAUGGCAAUGCUGAGAUUGAGUCAGUUGGGGGUGAUGAACUUGAGGGGAUAAGAAAACCAGGAAUUUUAUCAGAUGCUUCCAAGCUGAUGGUUGCAAAGCUCAUAGAUGAGUACCUUGCUGAAAUAGCAAAAGAUCCCAAUUUACCUUUGCCAGAGUUUGUUAAUCUUGCUGAGUUAGUGUCUAGCAUCUCUCGUCCAGCUCAUGAUGGCCUUUAUAGGGCUAUUGAUACAUAUCUUAAGGAGCACCCUGCGAUCAACAAAGGCGAAAAGAAGAGGAUAUGCAAGCUGAUGGAUUGUAGAAAGCUAUCAGUUGACGCGUGCUUGCAUGCAGUGCAAAACGAGAGACUACCAUUGCGUGUAGUCGUGCAGGUACUAUACUUUGAGCAGUUAAGGACUGCUGCAUCAUCAGGUACCAGCACUCCUGACUUACCUAGAGGAAUCAAAGACUUGAACAAUGAAUCCAAUGGAAGCUCAAGGUCAGGGACAACUAACCCAGAAGACGAGUUGGAUGCUGUGGCCACAGCUGAGGAGCUGAAGGCAUUAAGAAAGGAACUUGCAUCAUUGAGGCUGAGCAAUGGAGUUGGAAACAAUGACAAAGAUGGAGACAACAAACCCAGCAUGGACAAAGCUGUCAUGAGCAAGGUGAAAGGGUUGCUCAAGUCAAAGAAGUCUUUCAUUAAGAUUUGGGCCAGUAAAGGGGGACAAGGUGAAAAUAGUGGCUCAGACUCAUCAGAGAGUAUGAGUUCUGCUAACCCAGAAGAAGCCAAAUCUACUCCAUCCAGAAAUAGGAGGCAUUCAGUUUCUUGAAAGUAGUAGUUUGGUUCAUUUUGUUGGCUUUUCUAUUAUUGUUUCUUUUCUUUCUUUCUUUUUACUAGUUUCACCAAGACAAGAUUCCCCAACACUAGUGGUUUAUCUUUUCUAAAUUGAGUAGAGUACAUAUAGUUUAAAAUAGUAGAAUUGUGAAGAAUGGAAAUCAUGUAAUCCAAACAUCUAUUCUAUCGAAUAGUUGUUCAAACCGCCCUUUGCACUCCAUUGGAAUUGAAAGCUCACCCCAUUUCUUAGUAACCAUUCAAGGAACCUGAUGGUAUAAACAGAUAGUUACCACUUACCACUGUAAUCAUAACAGCAGUUACUUACUGUCAUGUGUUUUGGUGAAAAUCUGACAAGACCUCAGGGUCUGUUAUUUCGUGCCUAA